AUGGGUUGGUUCUGGGGCAGUUCGAACCAAGAUGAUCCUGUCAAGAAGCUUGACCCGGGCCUCAGAGAGUACCUUGAAAAUGAAGCUCCAGCAAAAUACGUGCCUACGACAUCGAUUCCUUCAACGCAAGAACCUUCAAAGACGUUAGAUCCUCAAUCCCAAGCACCAAAGCCAAACGAGUCUACCCAAACUGGCGAGCCCUCGCAACCCUCCGUUCCCUCCGCUUCACUUUACCCUGAUGGCCGGUAUGCUCAUCUGUGGAAAACUUACAAGCCUCCUCAGGAAGAGGGCGGAUCAGUAACCAAGGGCGCGGAAAGGGUGAUUGAGAAGUACAAGAAGCAUAAUGACACCGUGCACCGGGCAGCCAUGGAAAAUUGCGCAUUGGAGCAUGAAGCCUUGACGUUGUGUUUCCAGACGGGUAAUUGGCAGAAGCGACUGCAGGCUCGUGCGACUUCCUGCUCCGAGGAAAACGCAACUUUCUCUCGUUGUUUCACCACUCAAUCCAAAUUCCUGCAGGCAUUAGGCUACGCCGCCUCAUUCGAUUGGGACGAGGAGAAGGAAGAACGAAUUCAAAUGCAUGCGGACAAACUCUACCACCAGAUGUUGGAUUAUGAAAAGCGAGUCGCGGAGUGUCGGGCGGCUGGUCAGGAACCACCGCCUCUCCGAUCGCUCUUUAACCCGCAGGCGAAGCAACCGCAACUCAAAUCCAACGAUACCCCGGGUAGUCUUGAGGUCCCCGGAGUUGAGCAGAUUCCGCCCGGGUUCAAACCAUCGAAGCCAUUGGAGCAACUUACACCCCAUGAGAGGGAAUUGGAGAUUCGGGCACACAACGCGCAGAUCGAACAACAGAAGAUGUAUGUGCAAGAGGCCAGUCCGUUCAUGAAGACACAGGAGGAUGCACGUUCGAAACGGCGCGAGAAGGCUGUUAGUUGGUUCGGAGAGACGAUUGGUAAAUGGGUUACAUGA